UAAAAUCACUAUUAUAUAUAUUAUAAUUUUAGUUGAUAAGCAAGAUGUUAAUGGAAUAUUCAACUUGAUCGACACCACCAAUCAGAUUGCUAAGUUUAAUUAGGGUUUGAAUGAAUUUAUAGAAUUUGAUUGGUGAUGUCCGUUUACAUUGUACGCAUCUGGAACUCAUUCUCUCACAGGCGUCAGCAUGAAAAGGCACCCUUAAAAUGUAGAUCUGCAAAAUCUGCAGAUGAGUGAACGGGCCUUGAAUUUGACACUUCGGCUGUCCCCGGGUCCCCCGGUCCCAUUCAGUUCCCCCGAUUGGCGUUGUUAUUUAUUAAUGUAAAACUAUGUAACGAUCAUUACAUAAGCGUGAAAUCCGGCGAAAGAAAAGCAGUGAUAAUCGGCGGUGAUAAGAGAUCUCUUUUGGUUGCUGUUAGAUUGUUAUAAUAAUAUCCAACAUGCUCACGCCAUUUGUAUACUGGGCCCAGACGGAGAGUCAAAUCACACUAAAAGUAGAUCUAACUGAUGUUAAGGAUCUUAAUGUCAAUCUAAAAGAAACUACGCUACAAGUUACAGCCUAUGGACAGGGAGCAAGAGGGUUAAAUAAUUACAGCUUUAAAUUGAAUUUUCAUUCACCUAUUGAUCCAAACGAGAGCAAUUACAAAGUAAUUGAUCGUGAGGUGGACUUUGUUUUGAGAAAAAGGUUUAAUGGUUGGUGGCCGAGAUUAACGAGUCAGCCACAGAAGCCUUCGUGGCUCAAAAUCGAUUUUGAUAAGUGGAAGAGCGAAGACAUGGACGACAAUGAGGACGAGAAACGUAACAUUCUUAACGAUUAUCCCGACAUGUACGAUAAGUUGCACAAAGAAGAAUUUGGUUAUAGAAAAGAAGAUUUCAAGAAAGUGUAUCUAGUCAUAUAUAAUCUUUGUCAAUUUGUUGGUUUCAUUUACGUGCUUGUUGUAAUGGCCAUAAGAUACUCGCGCAACGGACAAGAUUCUAUGAAGGAAACUUAUGACGCAGUUGGCAAUCCAAUGAAAUUUCUACAACUUUUACAAUUUUUGGAGGUGAUGCAUCCUAUGUUCGGAUACACGAAGAGCAGCGUGCUGAUGUCUUUACUGCAGAUGGGAGGUAGAACGUUCGUGCUGUUCUGCAUGAUAGAAGCCGAACCUCGUAUGCAAACCAAACCGAUCGUCUUUUAUUUAUUUCACUUAUGGAGCAUGGUGGAGAUAGUUAGAUAUCCGUACUACAUCACGCAAUUGCUGAACCUCGAGAUACCCUUUUUAACGUGGUUGAGGUACACGAUAUGGAUACCGUUGUACCCCUUGGGCUUUUUAUGCGAGGGUAUCAUAAUACUACGGAAUAUCCCAUAUUUCGAGGAGACUCAAAAGUUCACCAUUAGCUUGCCGAACCGCUACAAUUUUGCUCUUCACUUCCCAUCUCUUUUAAGAAUCUAUUUGCUUUUUUUAUUCAUGCCUGGAAUAUACACGCUAAUGACUCGUAUGUAUCAGCUGCGGUCUAGGAAACUUCAAAAGUCCAAUAUUAAGAAAAGGUACAAUUGAUUUCGCGGAGUAGGUAAUAAUCUCCGUGGGUUUGUCUCUUUUCAUCUGUAAUCGUUAUUGUGCAAAGAAUAAAAAAAGAAUAAGAUAUGUAAGUGAUAAGAUAGAAGUAACAAAGCUUUGUUUUGGAGAGGGAGAGAAUACACAGCUUUCAUAAUAAUGGUGUAAUUUUAUAUAGACAUUUAUAUGUAAUUCUUAUCAUUAAAUAUUUGUCAAGAGCAGAAUUUUGAAUUGUAUGCUCUAAUUGUAUAAAGCGAUUUUGUUUUUAAGCUUUGUUAUUCAGUAUACAAUUAAAUGCUAUGUAUGGAUACAUUGAACGCAGAACCUAUUUUCAUUCUGCGUACAUGCUAUAUUGUACUAAGUUUGAAAUAAUAUUACAUCACAGAUCUCAUUAAAUAAUUAUACAAUACGAUUAUUUGACUGCAUUUCAUGAAGUAAACGGCAUUACUAAGAAUUUAAUUUCUAAUUUAGGUAUAUUUAAAUCUUAAAUGUUUGAAUAUAUUGUACUUGAAGAAAUAAAGUAAGUCAUGUGAUUGGGACAAA